CUCCCGGGCAGCUUAUCGAGGCGCAGGCGACCAGAUUCGCUUGACGGCCUUCAUCGGCGCCUGAUUGGACGAAGCCGCACACUCCCGUAGCUGCAACUCCACCACCACACAAGCUUGGGCCCCGAAGCACGCUGAUGCAUGCUGCGUUGGCUGACUGGCUGGAGGGCUGCACGUCGCUCAAAUUUCUUUGCCCUGCCUCGCAGCUUGUGUGUUCACCUCAACGCCCAUUCGGUGACAUGUAAGACGAACAUCACGAUCGUAUUCCUUGCCUUGCCCUUCACAGCCCGCUCACGUCGCACGUUGGUUGCUGCUCUUCGCUUCCAGCAUGCAAGAAAAGGACACUGCACUACCGUCUAUAUUCUACUACCAGCUACGGCCGGCGCGCACGCCCUAAGUCAUCAUCGACAGCAUCAGAUCCACUUAAGCAAGCGCGUCAUUCGCUGGCGGACAACGCAUACGGCACGCUCAACGUGGCAUGGUGGGUGAUGAUCUGCGCCUCCUCUUUGGCUUUCUAGUCCGUUGUGCCCUCUGGAUACUGAUCGAUGUUUGGCGAACUUGUAGGCGGACUACGAAGCCCCAUUCGAGGGCACUGCACCCCCAGCGCGACGCCGACCUUCACGUGUGAGAAGCGCCGACGACACUCCGCAC